AUGCUUUCAAAGAUCUUAAACAAGUCCCUUUAAAGAACUUGCUCUAGGUAAUUCAGCACUAUCCCUGACAUCCUUAAGCAAAACAACUAUUUGCAAAAAAGACAUAUCGGUAGUGAAUAAACUGCUGAAGAAAUGCUCAAGCUUUUAGGAUGCAAGAAUAUAGAUGAUUUGAUUCAUUAAACUAUUCCUAGCCAUAUUUAUGACAAUACUGCUUUGGAAUAUAAUGGUUCAAAGAUUCCUGAUGAGCCUAAGACCGAACAAGAAACAAUCUAGCAUUUAUAUGAGCUCAGCGAAAAGAAUAAAUCUUAUAAAAACUUUAUUGGAAAUGGUUUCUAUGGAACUCAUACUCCUCCUGUUAUCCUUCGUAACUUUUUCGAAAACCCUGGCUGGUAUACUGCCUACACUCCUUACUAAGCUGAAAUAUCAUAAGGUCGUUUGGAAAGUUUGUUAAAUUAUUAAACACUUGUUAUGGAUUUAACAGGCUUACCAGUCGCUAAUGCAUCUCUCCUCGAUGAAUCUUCUGCUGCUGCCGAAGUCGUUAAUCUUGCACACGGUGCUUCAGGUUCAAAAAGAACAAAAUUCUUUAUCUCAAAGGAUUGUUUCCCCUCUACUAUUAGUCUUGUUUAGACAAGAGCCCGUUUCUUGAAUGUUGAAGUUGUAGUUGGAGAUCAUAAAACUUAUGAUUUUGCAGCUAACGAAGAGUAGCUCUGUGGUGUUUUGUUAUAAACUCCUGAUAAUGAAGGUAUUCUUCACGAUUUUACUUAAAUUUUCUCUAGCUUCAAGGAUCCAAAGAAAAUUAUUAAAGCUGUUGCCUCUGAUUUACUUGCUUUGACAAUUUCUAAGGCACCUGGUGAGAUGGGUGCUGAUGUUGUUGUUGGUACUUCUUAAAGACUUGGUGUCCCUAUGGGUUAUGGUGGACCUGCUGCAGGUUUUUUGGCUGCAAAGGAUGAUCUUAAAAGAAAAUUACCAGGUAGAAUUAUUGGUGUUUCUAAAGACGCACAAGGAAAUCCAGCUUUAAGAAUGGCUUUGCAAACUAGAGAAUAACACAUUAAGAGAGAAAAAGCUACUUCAAACAUCUGCACAGCUCAAGCUCUUCUUGCAAAUAUGAGUGCCAUGUAUUGCAUUUAUCAUGGACCCAAGGGUGUUAGAGAUAUUGCCAAAAGAGUCAACGGAUUUGCUCAAGUUCUCCACUCUUUAUUGAAAGAAAUCGGAUAUCAAGUUAAAGGAAACGGAAAUUAAUUGUUUGACACUGUUGCUAUUAGUGUUCCUGGAAAGGCUAGCGAAAUAGUUGCUUUAUUCGAAAAGCAUGAAAUUAAUAUCAGAAAGUAAAAUGAAGAUUUAAUUAGCGUAUCUUUUGAUGAAACCCACAAUCUUGAAGAUGUCCAAAGACUUGUAGAAAUUUUCUCUGCUUACAUUAAAGUUAACACUUCUGCAAAGCAUAUUGCAGAUCUUCACUUAGAAUAGCGUAUUGCAGAUUUGGAUGGUAAUGUCAAGAGAACUAAAUUAGAUUACAUGACCUAAUAGGUUUUCAAUCAUUAUCAUUCCGAAACUGAAAUGAUGAGAUACAUGCAUAGAUUAUAAACUAAAGAUAUUUCUCUUGUUCAUUCUAUGAUUCCACUUGGUUCUUGCACCAUGAAGUUAAAUGCUGCCAGUUAACUUAUUCCUGUUUCUUUCAGAGGAUUCUCUAAAAUUCAUCCUUUCACACCCUUAAAUUAAGUUGAAGGAUAUACCUAAAUGUUAAAUAAUUUGAAGGAGUGGUUGAAGGCAGUUACUAAGUUCGAUGAUGUCUCCCUCUAACCUAACAGUGGUGCUACUGGUGAAUAUGCAGGUUUAUUAGUUAUUAGAUAAUAUUUGGAAAGUAUUGGAUAAGGACAUAGAAAUGUUUGUUUGAUUCCUACAUCUGCUCACGGUACCAAUCCUGCAAGUGCUAUUGUAGCCGGUUUGAAUUUCUAACCUGUUGGAGUAGUAAAUGGUUUCGUUGAUCUUAAGUCAUUGAAGGAAUAAGCUGAAAAAUACAAAGAUAACCUUGCCUGUUUAAUGAUUACAUAUCCCUCAACAAGUGGUAUCUAUGAAGAAACUAUUAAAGAAAUGAUUGAUGUUAUUCAUCACUAUGGAGGCUAAGUAUACAUGGAUGGCGCAAACAUGAAUGCUUAAAGUGGUUUCACCUCUCCUGGUUUCUUGGGAGCUGAUGUUUGCCAUUUAAAUCUUCAUAAAACUUUCGCUAUUCCUCACGGUGGUGGUGGUCCUGGUAUGGGACCCAUCGGUGUUAAGAAGCACUUAGCUCCUUUCUUGCCCAACAAUCCUAACAUUAACGUUAGCUAGAGCAAUACUGCUAUUUCAAGUGCUCCUUUCGGUAGUGCAUCUAUUUUACCUAUAUCAUAUAGUUACUUCAUGCAAUUAGCUAAGGAAGGUGUAAAGAAGAGCACUGCUUUUGCUAUAUUGAAUGCUAACUAUUUGCGUAAGAGAGUUUAAGGUCAUUAUUAAAUUCUUUACGAAAAUGAAAUUAAAUACUGUGCACAUGAAUUCAUUAUUGAUUGCAGACCCUUCAAGGAGUAUGAUAUUAAGGAAGUUGAUAUUGCAAAGAGAUUGAUGGAUUUCGGUUUCCAUGCUCCCACUAUUUCUUUCCCUGUUGCUGGUACUAUGAUGGUUGAACCUACAGAAUCAGAAUCAAAGGAAGAACUUGAUAGAUUUGCAGAAGCUUUAAUAAAGAUUAGAUAAGAAAUUUAAAUGGUAAUUGAUGGUAAAUAUAGUAAAACUGAUAACCCAAUAAAGAAUGCUCCUCACACUCAUUCUGUAUUACUUAAGAGCGAAUGGAAUCAUCCUUACACAAGAGAAGAAGCCGCAUAUCCUCUUCCUUGGGUAAAGAGCUAGGGUAAAUACUGGCCCCCAGUAAGUAGAAUUGAUGAUCCUUAUGGAGAUCGUAACUUUAUUUGCUCUCUCAACGGUUUCUGUUGA